CAUGCCGGCUGUGGAAUAAAAAGAACCAUUCCCAAUGCAUGGCUGGAAAGACAAUGGGCCUUGCCUGACAAAAUAUUUGAUUUCACUGAAUGUGGCUGAUUUUACUGUGGUGUUUGGCCUUGCCUGUGUGGAAUGCUUGUGAUCCGGUUGAUUGGGUGUUUUCUGGGAUUGUGGUUGAACUGUGGCGAUAUGGGUGUUGGUACUGCUGGAUUUUUAUUUUUUUUGCUAGCAUGAACAGUAUCAUUGUCUGUGGAGAAUGAUGGGAGGGUGUGAUGCUCUGUUUUGCAUCAAUGUUGUGAUGGGAUGGCUUUCCAGCUUGCCCAAUGGAGCUGCAAGACCCUUAACAAGAAAAACCAAUGGGCAGCUUGUUUCUUGUGUUGUUCAUGAUGUUUCUUGCUGCGGGUCUGCCCACAGGAUUGAGGAUAAUAGGUCUUUUUGUUGGAUUGAUGAUCUUUCAUCCUCUUUUUUUACCUUACAAAAAUUUGAAGAUGCUUUGCUUCCAUUUCCAGAAGGAACUGAACUAGAUGGCAAAAUAGUUCAUGUUACUUCUGCUACCCGACAAUGCAUCACUAAGCUGCAUAAUUUUUUUGAGACAUGUAUGUCUGAUGAUUUGCACACACCAACCACAGUGGAUGCUGCAGUUACUAAAGCCUUGAGAUUAAUGAAUCAUCUUUUGAACCUGCUCAAGUCCCUCACUGAGUUGGAGAAAGAAGUCAGGGAAGUAUUGAACGUUCUGGGACUGCUGUCGAGUUCAACUUAUUCUGAGGUUUUGUGGCAACUAAUAGAUAAAGCAUUGAAAAGAGCAAAGUUAACGGAAGAUGAUGUUUCACAUCUUAUUGAGGAAAGAGCAGGGAAAUAG